GAAUUUUGUUCGAUCAUGUCAGUUGCAUUCUAGCAUUACUAGUAAUGGGAUAUGGAUUUAUUUUACAUAGGUCAGUCAUAAGUCAUCUGAUGCUAACUGGCUUAUUGAAGAUGAAUUGUCAAAGACUAUUGUUCGUGGAGAAAGAUGUGAAGCAAAACUUUGUUUAGUAUAUUCAUUAAAUCAAAUAGCCCUGAGUUAGAUAAAGGCAAGACUGUAGAUCACAAGUAUUAUAUUGAAAAUUAUUUGAACUCUUCUGUUAAUGAAAUAUGGAAACAAACAUGGACAUCAGGUUCAAAAUGUACAAAAUUGCUUAAAGAUGAUCGUUGACUUCAUACUCAUCUGAUGUGAUUAAUUAUUCGAUAGAAGACAUCAAUAUAAUGUCAUAGCAGCCACAUUCGCCAAGCCUGUUACUAUGCAAUUUGUGGCUAACUAAUUUUAUCGAACGUAGUUUAACUGAUUAAAUAAAUGAAACAUGUUUAGCUCAUGCAGUUUUCAGGGCAGCUAAAUAUUUUUUCGAAAAAGACUUCAAAAAAACUUUUACUAAAUUGUUAGAAAGGAUUGUACUUGAUAUAAAUAAUCAUGGCAACUAUUCUCAACAUUUGAUAAAAUAAAAUUGAAAAUAUCUCUGCAUCUUUAUAUUUUUAUUUAAUGCUCUGAGAACUUUUGGUUACCCCUAUGUAUUUUUCAUAAUUUUUCUGAAAUAUGUCAUAUUUUUAGUAUCUUGAACCUAAUCAUAAGAUUCAUUUACAUUGUUUCGUUGGAACAAUGGACGAUGUUGAACUUUUUACAUCUUAUUUUACCGAAAUUAAAUUUGGUUUUACUCCAAUUAUAACUCGUAAUAAUUUUCUUGAUACAACUAUACAACAACUUGAAUUAACACAAAUCUUAUCCGAAACUGAUUCACCGUAUUUUACACCUGAAGAGUUAUCUAUAUUUUCACGCUGUGCACAUCCUGGUAUGGUUUACAGUGUUGUUGAAACGGUAGCACAACUUCGACAUUUACCGAUAAUGGAUGUUGCUUGUCAAUUAAGAGAAAAUGCUCGUCAUAUUUACGGUGUUUAA